AUGCUAAGCACUCUUAAUAGAGGUACCAAAAAGAGCUCCAAACGAGAAUGGAAGCCUCUGGAGGACCGCAGCUGCACGGACAUUCCCUGGCUGCUGCUCUUCAUCCUCUUCUGCGUUGGGAUGGGAUUUAUUUGUGGCUUUUCAAUAGCAACAGGUGCAGCAGCAAGACUAGUAUCAGGAUACGACAGCUAUGGAAAUAUUUGUGGGCAGAAAAAUGCAAAGUUGGAAGGAAUACCGAACAGUGGCAUGGACCAUACCCUUCGGAAGUAUGUAUUCUUUUUGGAUCCAUGCAAUCUGGACUUGAUAAACCGGAAGAUCAAGUCUGUAGCUCUGUGUGUAGCGGCCUGCCCAAGACAAGAACUGAAAACCCUGAGUGAUGUUCAGAAGUUUGCAGAGAUGAAUGGUUCAGCUCUAUGUAGCUAUAACCUAAAGCCUUCUGAAUAUACAACAUCUUCAAAAUCUUCUGUUCUUUGUCCCAAACUACCAGUUCCGGCGAGUGCACCUAUUCCAUUCUUCCAUCGCUGUGCUCCUGUGAACAUUUCCUGCUAUGCCAAGUUUGCAGAGGCCCUGAUCACCUUUGUCAGUGACAAUAGUGUCUUACACAGGCUGAUUAGUGGAGUAAUGACCAGCAAAGAAAUUAUAUUGGGACUUUGCUUGUUGUCACUAGUUCUGUCCAUGAUUUUGAUGGUGAUAAUCAGGUAUAUAUCAAGAGUACUUGUGUGGAUCUUAACAGUUCUGGUCAUACUGGGUUCACUUGGUGGCACAGGCGUACUGUGGUGGCUUUAUGCAAAGCAAAGAAGGUCUCCCAAAGAAACAGUUAUUCCUGAACAGCUUCAGAUAGCUGAAGACAAUCUCCGGGCACUCCUCAUCUAUGCCAUCUCAGCCACGGUGUUCACGGUGAGGGCAAGCUUAUUUAUGUGUAUCUUUCAGUUUUGUGUGUAAUUAUUUUUAUCCCUUAGUGAAAUAGCACUAAGGUCGUAAAGUUUGUGGUUUGGAAGUCAGGACCUAGUGUGGGAAACGAGACUAAUAUUUAAUAGCUGUAUUUCUUGGUUCGUACUUUAUGUGGUGCUUCUUUCCUUCCUUGAUAUUUUCCUAGGCAGUGCUGUUCAGAAUGACCAAGGCUUUGUGGAGUUCAAAAUCUCUGGGCCCCUGCAGUACAUGUGGUGGUACCAUGUGGUGGGCCUGAUCUGGAUCAGUGAGUUUAUUCUAGCGUGUCAGCAGAUGACUGUGGCAGGAGCUGUGGUAACAUACUAUUUUACUAGGGAUAAAAGGAAUUUGCCAUUUACACCUAUUUUGGCAUCAGUGAAUCGCCUUAUUCGUUACCACCUUGGUACGGUGGCAAAAGGAUCUUUCAUUAUCACAUUAGUCAAAAUUCCACGAAUGAUCCUUAUGUAUAUUCACAGUCAGCUCAAAGGAAAGGAAAAUGCUUGUGCACGAUGUGUGCUGAAAUCUUGCAUUUGUUGCCUUUGGUGUCUUGAAAAGUGCCUAAAUUAUUUAAAUCAGAAUGCAUACACAGCCACAGCUAUCAACAGCACCAACUUCUGCACCUCAGCAAAGGAUGCCUUUGUCAUUCUUGUGGAGAAUGCUUUGCGGGUGGCUGCCAUCAACACCGUGGGAGAUUUCAUGUUAUUCCUAGGCAAGGUGCUGAUCGUCUGCAGCACAGGCUUGGCUGGGAUUAUGCUGCUCAACUACCAGCAGGAUUACACAGUAUGGGUGCUGCCUCUGAUCAUCGUCUGCCUCUUUGCUUUCCUAGUCGCUCAUUGCUUCCUGUCCAUUUAUGAAAUGGUAGUGGAUGUAUUAUUCUUGUGUUUUGCCGUUGAUACAAAAUACAAUGAUGGGAGCCCUGGUAGAGAAUUCUAUAUGGAUAAAGUGCUUAUGGAAUUUGUGGAGAACAGUAGGAAAGCAAUGAAGGAAGCUGGUAAGGGAGGCGCCGCUGAUGCCAGAGAGCUAAAGCCGAUGGCUUCUGGAGCAAGUUCUGCUUGAACCUAGCCGACGGUUAUGGAACCCAUUGACAUUCCAAAACAAUAUAUACACAUAACUAUGUAUUUGUGUGUGUGGGUGUGUGUAUAUAUGUAUAUGUAUGUGUGUAUAUAUAGGUAUAUGUAUAUACACACACACACAUAAUCAGCCAAAAUCAGAGAAAAGGAACAGGGAUUUAAUACCUUUUUUAUGCUUAUUUUUGUCAAACAUGUACUCCUUUCAUACGGGUGGCUUUUACAAGGCAACUUCCGUCAUUUAAUGUCUUCAAUUGUAAUUGUCUUAAUGGAUAUGUUAAGAUUCAUAUCUGAUUAACAUUUUUAAUAACUUAAAGGAGAUUUUAACUUUAGUUAUUUAAAUUAGCUAAAAUUAUUGUACCAAAUUCUCUGUCUAAAGUUUAUUCAGGGGUGAUUUCCCUGAUGUAUGUGUAAAAUCAAGAACUUAUUUUACUGAUGCAUGUGUCCUGGUGGGUCAAGACCAGGCAUAUGCUUUCAGAUAAAUAAGGAAUUGCCCUGAUCAGUUUCUCCCAAUCAAAGAAGCCAUGUCAUUUUAUUUUUAGAAACAUAACAAGUGGGCCCAAUAUGGGAAUUUUCAUAAUAGUUCAUACAUUUGUCAGCCAACAUUAAAAGGUAACCAACUCCUCAGGUAUUUGUAGUUUACCCUAAUGCUUCUUUAAAAGAAAGUAGGUAAAAAAGAAAAGGGUAGAUAAUCUUUCUUAUGCAAACUUUUUUCUUGUAUUUUUGUCUUUCUUUCCUUUUCGACGUCAGUAGCAUCCUCCACACAUUUGUGUGCCUGAUUUUGAAAGGAGGCUGGGGCACCCAGCAAGUCUAGCCUUUAUUUCUGUAUAUUGGUUUGCAGAUUAAGUAAUGCUGGGAGGGAUAAAGAAGGGCCAGAAACAUGGAAUGUAAAGCUUUGAAAGUUCCUUAAAGCUUUGGAAAUUCCGGUGCUUGGGCUUCUGCUUCAGAGGAACGUCAGUGGCUUGGGGUUAAAUGGCCAUUUUAUUUAAAUGCUUGCUAUAAAAUCUGAAAACACACUGGCAGGUGCUCCUCUCCUUGGCAAUUCAUUGAGUAUCCAGAGUUCUACAAUGUUUAACUGAAGAAUUGGUUAACGUUUUAAUCCUCCAGUGCGAAUGUUCUUUGUGUUUGGGGGUGGGUUUGGGGUUGUUUUGUUUUGUUUUUUGCUUUAUUCCUGAAGCUUACCAGAUAUGAAUGGCUAAUAUUCCAUUGUUCUGCUUAUUGUAAUGGUGAAUGCUUUAAGAAAAAAAGUGUAAUUUGCUAAGAAUAAUUCAUGAUCUGUUUAUGCGAUAACUCCUUUUUGUUACAAUUUUUUUAAAAAAGGCUAUUUUUGUUAAUGUAAAGUAAAUAUUUCAGAGCAAAUUUUUUAAACUUAUUGCACUAAAUACAGGCUCUGUACAGAAAAAAAAAAAAGCCUCAGCAUUUUAUCAUUCCAUGGAAGGAGAAUCUUUUGAAAGAAAGCAUUGACUCCUACCGGAAUUAGACAGUGAAUUAGACCAGUAUUAUGGAAACGCAUAUAAUUAAUGUCACUAGGGCUUAAUAAGCAGCUGUUUGCUAAUGUGCUUUCUUUCAAAGGGUUGGACCUUUAAAUUGCUGCAAAAGGUAAAUUGUAUUUUUUUUUUUAAUAUUGGUGUUCUUAGCUAGGCUAAAAUUUGCUAAAUGCCUUGAUUUCUUUUCAAAGUUCAUGUAAUAUUUCUGACUUUUCAGAAUAUUUGCAAUAAGAGUCUGGAUUUAAAAAAAGAAACACACACACACAAUUAAGAGCUCAUAUCUUAGCAAGAUUUGGGAAACCGACGUUGUGAGAGUAGCUAUUUUGAAAUAAUAAUUCUCCAGAAGUUAACAUCUAACAUCUAGUGUCGCCAAACAGUAUCAUUGUACUCUUUUAUAUCAUUUGAAAUGGAAUAAAAAUAAUUAUGUGGCUAACAAUUGUCCGAAUAGGUGAGAGAGUAAAUCAUGUAAGAAAAUUCAGAAUACCAUCUGUUUCAUAGCCCACACAGACAUUGGACAUUCAGAAACACUGAGAACUAAAUUUAGAAUUGACAAAAAGUCUAGAAGAUGGGUAUCAAAACAGAAGACAUUCCAGGAGCUAGCUAUUUUUAGAUGUCCCUCCAAAGUGACCUGAUGGAAGUCUUGAACUUGGAAAUUAGGUUCUACUCACUUGGACAUCCCCGCAUCAUGGACUCUGGCUGCUUCCUGUUCCAUAUGCUCGCAAUCUCAGCUACUUGGAAGCCACCAGGAAUGCUUUCUAAUUAUCAUUUGCAACUAGAACUGUAAUCAGAAAGAAAUUUUGUAUUUUUGUAUAACUUGAUUGUGUGCCAUUUUAUAUAUAACAGGUCCUGUUUUACAAAUAAAUUUUGUUUUACUAACAUUGUGUUUAGAAAUUA